CCGGAGCCAGGCAGCAGCGUCCCGGCAGGGAGCCCGGCCCAGGCGGCUCCAGCAGCAGCAGCGUCCCGGCAGCUGAGCUCGGCCCAGCGGCGCCAGGCCCCGGCAGGAUGCUCCCGCUCCCAGUGUGGCUGUGGCGGAGCUGCGGCCCCGUGUCCAGCCUCGUGGGGCCGGGUCCCCCCAGCCUCUGGGGCCAGCUGGUGGGGGACCUGCCGACGCCCCUGGAGGAGAUGGAGCGAAUGAGACCCUCCCUCCUGCUGGCUCAUCCCCUUCUCCGCGGGGGAGGCCAGGGGAGGGCGACGCCAAGGCAGAGCGGCCGGUCCCUGGCCGAGGGUGCGGGGAAGGAGCCCGGGGCCCGGGCGCCGGGGAAGGAGAAGUACCAGCUCUCCCUGGACGUGAGCGGCUUCUCCCCAGCUGAGCUGAUGGUGAGACUGGCCGGGAGGAAGCUGACGGUGACGGGGAAGCAGGAGAAGAAAACGGAGUCGGGGGCUGGAGUCCGCUCCCACGAGUACAGAGAGAUCCGCCGAGAAACGCUCCUGCCGGAAGCCGUGGACGUGCAGGCCCUGCUCUGCUCCCUGUCCCAGGACGGGCAGCUCUGCAUCGAGGCGCCGCCUCUGGCCCUGCCAGCUGCCGAAGGGAGAGCCGUUCCCAUCAGCGUCUGCCCGGGGGUGAAGGCAGGAGAAGGGAACCUGGCGGCGGAGGGAAAGGAGCCGGGGAGCAGCGAGGUGGAGACAGGAGGAGAGACUGAGGGGUCCAGCCCCAGAGAUUCCUGAAACCAGCCACCGGCUCCAGUAGCCCUGGGACUCUGGUCCAGCUGAUUCCACUCAGCGCAGCUGGAGCAGCCCUUGGUCUGGGUGUGAAGGUUUCAGGGCCCAUUCUUGGGCUCCCCGCAACUGUUCUAUGCUCUACGUGUCUCUCUGUAGGAGCAGGGACUGUGGGAUGCUCUGUGACUCUGCUCUUGUUUUGUAUCAGCGCUUUGGGCUUUUGUACAGCUUUUAUCCCUCUCCUGAACUACAAAGUAAAGGUUUUUAUUUUAACUACAAA